AUGGAGGUACAGUCACUUUAUGCAAAAGCCUCUAAGUGUGAAUUUAGGUUGACAAAGAUCUUGUAUCUGGGACAUAUCAUUGGCACUAAUGGUGUGAAAGUGCAUCAAGAGAAGAUUCAAGCAAUCUUAGACUGGCCACCACCUAAAAAAAUAUAUGAGUUGAGAGGUUUCUUGGGGAUAUGUUCAUAUUACAAAAGGUUUGUGUGUAGGUUUUCACAGUUAGCUUCUCCACUGAUUGACUUGACUAAGAAGGGUGCGUUCUCAUGGUCAGAAAGUGCACAGUUAGCUUUUGACAAGCUUAAGGAUGUUAUGAGUUUGUGUCCAGUGUUGGCAUUACUGGAUUUCAUGCAGCCAUUUGUUUUGGAGUGA